AGUCCCCGUCCUCGGUGGAGUUUUAAUCAAAAUAAACAUCAUCGGGAAGCUUCCGAUACCCGUCCACCAUGGCCCUUGACAAAAUUCAAGCUCAAAGUUUCACAAUCCUACACCCUGCACAAGGAGAGACGAGUAACGGCAGCCCUGUAGCAGACAUCAUACUUGUUCAUGGCCUUCAAGGUCACUCAAAACGAACCUGGUUAUAUACGUCGAGGACCCAAGAUCAGCGGCGCGAUAGCUCGUCGCGGAAACGCUGGAAAGGAGCACUUGGUGAGCUUAUGAGUCCGAAAUCUGGUAGCUCCGCCUCCGUUGGCAAUGCGGGGCCAUCAGUCACACCAUCGUCUGUUGACGAUGGUGUGUAUUGGCCAGGGGAUUUGCUCCCGCCAGACUGCCCGAAUGCAAGAAUCAUGGUGUGGGGUUACGAUACAGUUAUCAGCAAAGGCUAUGCACCAACCGACAAGUCCAGUUUGUUUGGACAUGCGAAAAACCUCCUUUAUGCCCUCAACCGAAUAAGACCUCAAGACCGAAAGAUCGUGUUCGUCGCGCAUUCACUGGGAGGCUUGAUUGUCAAAGAAAUGUUGCGACGAUCGCAGCCCGACGAAGAUUCGCACAUUCAGAAUAUCAUCCAGUCGACAGCAGCUGUGAUAUUCCUAGGCACACCGCAUAGAGGUAGUCAUGAAUUUGCACGACUUGGAGACAUGGUCAGAAAGGUCGCCAGCACCAUCCUAAGAGUGGACAGUAACGAGACAAUUAUUCGAGCUCUGGGCCUUGAUUCACCAGAGUUAGAACUCUCCCGGGAGUCAUUUCUCCAAUGGCGCACAUAUGGGUUUCUGGUCAAAACCUUUCAGGAAAGCCAAGCCUUGUCGGGUGCACCCCUCGGUCUUUUGAAUGGAAAGGUGCUGGGAGAAAUCCAAAGGGGGAUAAAUUCCGCCAGUGUCAAGUCGAAUUUGAACAUAUCUGAGGAGGAGAAAGAGUGUUUGGGCAGUCUCUACUAUGAAGCAAUGUUUAGCAGACAACGGACGAUCAAGAAUGCCAUACCAAAAACAUGCGAGUGGUUUUACCGUUCCAGUGUUUUCCAAACUUGGUCCUCGAGAAAGAGAGCUUCAACCGACCUCGGGCUUCUGUGGUUGAAAGGAAAGCCAGGAGCUGGAAAAUCCACGGUGAUGAAAUACGCACUUGCUCAGCUGGAAUGUGUUGAGGGGAGUCGCAGCAAUGUUGCGAGCUUCUACUUCAAUGCUCGUGGGAAUGCCAUGGAAAAGUCGCCUCUUGGUCUCCUUCGGUCAGUCCUCCACCAACUAUGCCUCCAGGACUGUCAAAUCUUGGCCACAUUCUCCCAGACCUACCAGAGAAGGCAGAGUUGCGAUGGUGGCAGUUAUCUUCCAUGGUCAGAGCUGGAGCUGGAGAGCUUUUUUGAGAAAGUAUUCAAAGAAAGCAGUACCCGGCGCACGUUCAUCUUCAUUGAUGCUCUUGAUGAGUGCAGCAAAGAAAGCGUACGCGAAGCCGUCUACUUCAUUGACGGCUUGCACAAACCGCAUUGGAAGGCGAAACAUUAUCCGGCCAUCAGGACCCCCAACUGCCCAGAAGUGGUUGUCGAGGCGCACAAUGACUCUGAUAUCUCAACAUACAUCCGAGACAAGCUGCGUUUUAUCCCCGCUAGCGAGAGCAACGAAGCACAUGCGAUCCAAGCGUUCCUGGAGGAAAUGGCGUCAGGUGUUUUUCUCUGGGUCGUUUUGGUGGUGGAGCUUGUUGUGCGAGAUAUCAAUUCCGGACAACCCAUAAGCAAAGUGGCCAAGAGAGUGAAGGGUGUACCGAAAGACAUGGAGGACUUAUACCACCAACUCUUCCGCAGCCUCACCCCUUACGAGCUUACAUUCUCCGUGCCCCUCAUUCAACGGGUCCUACUUCAUAAGGACUACUUGCCACGAACCGGAAACGACGCCCCUCCUAAGAUUCCCAGAACCCGAGCUGACGGAGGAAUUCGAUUUCUUCAUCUGGCGGUCCGAUUGUCCAGCAUCAGCGGAGCUCCAACCAGGCAAAAUUUGUCAGAUUGGGGAUACAUUCACCCUGCCGCUCCACCACCUACAGAUCGAAUCCUCAGGCUUAUCAACAGCACGUCGCGCGGUUUGAUUGAGUACACUGCCGACGGCCGUGUACAGUUUGUUCACGAAACAGUCAGGGAGUUCUUCCUUACAGGCCCGGGCUUCGGACUGCUCGACAGCUCGCUGCAGCAAAACCCCCUAGGCCGUGGAUAUAUGGCGCUUGUCACAGGUUGCCUCAACGCACUCGACCUGCCUGAACACUCUGAGCUCACCACCACAGUCAAAAUAAUUCACUUACACACUCUCUGGGCUCUUGAUGAUUAA